CUUUCAAAACAAGGAAUAAGUAGUGAACAAUUAUAUCUUUGGUCAGCACCGAUUGAUCUUAUUGAAAAAUAUCAGUUCUAUUUAAAUCAAUUAUUAACAUUAAAUGAUUUAUCGCUGGGAAAAAAAAUCUUUCAUAAUUGUACAUUACCACGAUUUGGUUCUCACUGUCAAUAUGAAUUCGAUUAUUAUGAUCAUUCUAACCAUUCAUCACUAUCUGAAAUUAUCAAUGAAUACUAUACAACUAAUGAAUAUGAUCCAACCAGUUUAACCUGUUAUAAACAUUUACAAUGCUACCGUGGUUCAGAAUCAGCAUGUUUAGAUUGGAGUGACAUAUGUGAUGGAAAAAUUGAUUGUUUUGAUCAUGGACAAGAUGAGGAACAUUGUUGGCAACUUGAAAUAAAUGAAUGCAAGGAUAAUGAACAUCGGUGUGAUAAUGGACAGUGCAUUCCUGACACCUUUUAUCAAGAUGGUAAAAUAAUUUUUGAUUGUAUUGAUCGUUCAGACGAAACUCUAGUUGAUCCACAGGUAGCAAUAAAACAUCUGUGCAAUAAACGUGAACCAACAUCUGAAUGCGAAGAUAGAGUAUGCAAAGGAGGAUUUUUAACAAGUUCGUGUGUCACACAACGAAAAGAUUUACUUAUGAAGGCAAUGUUUUCAACGAAACAUAACUCUACAUCUGAACAAUGUUGGUUUGGAAUAAAAUGUAUGUUUGAUCGAUCAUCCUCAAAAGAAUCAUCUUGUCAUGAACUGUAUGGAAACGGAUCACAUCUAAAAACUCUCUUGGAUACUUGUCCAGAAAUGUUAUACGUACCUAAUUACCCAAUAUUAUUUGGUGAUGUUUACAUUGCCGUUGAAAAAAAUUACUCAAAACAAACGCUUGAUUACAAUGGUUUUCAUCUUUAUCGUUGUUAUAAACAUCAUUCGCAUUAUGAUCCUUUUCUUAAUAUCACCACGGACACUCUGUUCAAUAAUACAAUAUGUUCGAAAGAGCUAUUACCAAUAAAUGGAAGCGAAACAGAUGAAACAGAAUGUAAAGAAUGGGAAUGUGAUAAUAUUUAUACUCAUUGUGACGGUAAUUGGAAUUGUCCUAAUGGUGCCGAUGAAAUUGGUUGCGAUGAAUUAUCAAGAUCAAUGUGU